UUGACACUUCAAAGUAGCCGGAGUAGCCAUCAGUUCUUGAUAGUGUUUGUCAAAUCGCAUUUCUAAAUACCCUGGAUUUGCGUUUCGUUGUUUGUACCUUGAUAACAGAAGUGCCUAUCCAGCAGCCCGUUCAGAUUGUGAUAAAUGUUGAGCGCGACUAAAUACAAGGGUGGUUGUUAGCUAGCUAGCCGGCUAAAAAGUGUUGAUGAGAGUCAUGCAUCAUGUCACAGUUUGUUUUUGAAACUUUUUUACAGGUCUUCUGUAGAGUUUAAUCAAGUAAUUUUCUACCUGUGUUUGACUUUGCUAACUCACGGUGGGAAAUGGCAUUUGCGAAAUUAUUUUCCAGUCCACCAGGGGAAGUGGAUUUUAACGCUUUGACGUCCACACAUCACAAUAAGUCGAACCAGCCAUGUCAGAAUCCGAAGAGGUUACACGAGACCCCCAGGAGCACAAACCCAAAGAAAAGGAAGAGAAAGAAUCACGUUUCAAGUGGUGAUGCUAGAAAGGGGUAUGAGCCAGGAAAGGACAGAAGAUUCCACAUGGUCCCUUUUAAAUAUGAAGAGGAGCAUCAAAAGCUGAGCCAGAGUCACAUAAACAAGGAAACCAAGAUUCCUUUAAACCCACAAAGCAGUUUGGGGCCUUGUUCUGAAGGUCACCAGAAGAAUGGACAAAGGUUCAACGAGAGAGCACACAUUGGCAAAAACAAAAUGCACAGAACAAACAUGAAUGAAGACGUUCAUAAGCAUGAAGAGGAGCAUCAAAAGCUGAGCCAGUGUCACAUAAACAAGGAGACCAAGAUUCCUUUAACCCCACAAAGCAGUUUGGGGCCUUGUUCUGAAGGUCACCAGAAGAAUGGACAAAGGUUCAACGAGAGAGCGCACAUUGGCAAAAACAAUAUGCACAGAACAAACAUGAAUGAAGACGUUCAUAAGCAUAAGCGACAGGGCCAUGAUGCCAACAGGGGUAAAGGCUGUAGUUUUGGCAACAAAAAAAGGGCAAAGAUGUCCAAACGAAACCAUCAAAAUGAUUUCAACCCGAGAGCUGAGGCUGGAUCGAAGAAAGGACGGAAGGAAUGGCAGAAGGGGAGACAGAAGCCCCAACGGGAGGAGAGGAAGCCCUUCAUGACGCCGGAAUUCAAAGAGCAGAACUCCAUAGACGUGAAUGGGCGCCUCGUCUGCAAGCACUUUCUUGCGGAUAGGUGCCUAAAGGGCGACCAGUGCCAGUUUGAGCACUCCCAUGACCUCGGAGGUUUUAAGUUUAACGGAGUGUGCAAAUUUUACGUCCAGGGCUUCUGCUUGAGAGGAGACCGUUGUCUCUUCAUGCACAAAACCUUCCCCUGCAAGUUCUUCCACACAGGCAGGAAGUGCCACCAUGGCGACAACUGCAAGUUCUCUCACGAUGCACUUACCGAGCUGACCAAAGGACUGCUGGACAAGUUACUUGAAGAACAAAAGGUGGAUCGUGAGACUUUGGAACCUGGAAUCCAAGAACCGGAACCCAAACCAGAUGUGGACUUUGUGACAAAUCCUGUAAAGUUGAGUUUUUACAGCACGGCUCCGGCCCCUGAGCAGCCGCCCGCGUGUCGGUUCAGCUUUGGAGCGAAGGACAGCGAGUUCACCCCGGAGUCUCCCGCCUCCACCGUGCAGGCUGCGCCCUCCACACCUCUAACUGCCCCACCAGCGGACACCUCACCAGCGCAACCCGGCGGGCCAAGGGCCACCAUCUCCUCUGGAGUUGGAGACGUCAAAGAGUCUUUUGAGAGUGUCAAAACGGAGAUGAAGCCCUCAACACCUCUUGGCCCCACUCCCUCAGUCCUAAGCAGCCUCUUCACCCAUCUGAGUCCGUGUUGGUCUGAUGAUGAGGAAGAGGAACAGGAUCUAGAGAUGGGAUGUAGUCAGGAUGCAGGCACUGGUGCAGCGGCUAGGCUCUGCGCUAAGGAUGUCAAGGUUAAAGAGGAGAGUGGAGGUCACACCAAGGCCCCACGGGUGGCCCCAGAGCGACUGCUUACCCUGAAGGCACAACCAGACCUGCUCAAAGAGAUGAAGAAAGAGGAAGAGAAGAGGGAGCCGCCGACCGCCCCUUUAAAGCAGAUCCCCUCCUCCACCCUAAUCACCCCUUUAAAGAAGGUCCCUUCCUCCACCUCCUCCACCCCAACCGCCCCUCUAAAGCAGGUCCCCUCCUCCACCCCGACCGCCCCUUUAAAGAAGGUGCCCUGCUCCACCCCGACCGCCCCUUUAAAGCAGGUGCCCUGCUCCACCUUGACCGCCCGUUUAAAGCCGGUCACCUCUUCCACCCCAAUCGCCCCUUUAAAGCCGGUCCCCCGCUCCACCUUGACCGCCCCUUUAAAGCCAGUCCCCCGCUCCACCCCGAUCAGAAAACCCCUGAGGUCCUACAGACCUCUCGCUGUGGACAUUUCGCCCCUUCCACUGCCCUUCGCUGCAUACCAUGCCCAGCCGCCCCCUUCUACCUCUCCUCAGGAUGUCAGUUCAAACGCUCUCACUCCCAGCGUGGACUCCAAUUCCCAGAGUGCUGUGCGGCGCCGUAACCCUCUCGGCCCUCAGGCAGGAAUAAGCACGACGCAGGCGGAGUCCCAGGGUCGGCACAGUCUGCCAGUGCAGACUCCGACGUGGUCUGUGCCCUCGACACACUCCGCCUCACGGUCAGCGCUGCGGAACAGGAGUCUGAGCUCUGAACUGGACCCGUGAUGAACACUGAUCUACACUAUAAAGAACACUUUAUAGAUCAGUGGUGAUGAAGGUUUGAGGUCACAGGAUUCUACCACGAGACACAAGCAGCUGCCUCCACACCAACCUCUCUAGUGGACAGGACUACUGACACUACACAGAAUGUCACCGCAAUCAUUCAAAACCCAGUCAUGCUUAUUUUUUUAAUAAUAGUGAUACUUUUAAAAAGUGUCAGCUUGAUUUUGUCUGUAUUUAAAAUUGAGCAUGAAUGAGUGCUUUGCUUUUGAAGUACAGUAGUUACAUUUGUGUCUUGUUGGACAACAAUAAAUGAGCCACAGUGGGAAAUUUGUUUUUAUUGAAUACAAAUUAAAAUUAUUCUUUUUUUUACUUGCUUUCAAUAACCUUGUUUUCUCAUU